GGGAAGCGGCCGACGGGCAGCGCCGAGGGCCAGAAAGGAGCGGUGGGCAGAGGCGUGUGUUGUGUGCCGGUAUGGAGGACGACGCGCCGGUGAUCUACGGGCUGGAGUUCCAGGCACGAGCAUUAACACCUCAGACAGCAGAAACAGAUGCAAUAAGAUUUUUGGUUGGAACACAAUCUCUUAGAUAUGAUAAUCAGAUUCACAUCAUAGAUUUUGAUGAUGAAAAUAACAUCAUAAACAAAAAUGUGCUUCUUCAUCAAGUGGGUGAGAUCUGGCACAUUAGUGCCAGUCCUGCAGAUAAAGGUGUACUAGCAACUUGCUACAAUAAAACUUCAGACGGUAAAGUCGUGACAUGUGCUGCUGUUUGGAGGAUGCCGAAGGAAUUGGAAUCAGGCAGUCAUGAAUCCCCUGAUGAUUCAUCAAGCAACACUCAAACCCUGGAGCUACUCUGUCACCUUGACAACACAGCCCAUGGCAAUAUGGCCUGUGUUAUGUGGGAACCAAUGGGAGACGGUAAAAAGAUCAUUUCUCUGGCUGAUAAUAACAUAUUACUGUGGGAUUUGCAGGAAAGUUCAACCAAAGCUGUGCUCUCUAGUUCUUCAGCCUUAGAAGGGAAAGGACAAUUAAGAUUUACUUCAGGACGAUGGAGUCCACACCACAAUUGUACACAGAUUGCAACAGCCAAUGAUACCACUGUUCGGGGAUGGGAUACACGAAGCAUGAGGCAGAUAUAUUCCAUAGAAAAUGCACAUGGACAGCUGGUACGAGACCUCGACUUUAAUCCCAAUAAACAGUACUACCUGGCUAGCUGUGGAGAUGACUGCAAGGUGAAAUUCUGGGACACAAGAAAUGUCACUGAACCAGUGAAGACGCUAGAGGAGCAUUCCCACUGGGUCUGGAAUGUCAGAUACAAUCACUCUCAUGAUCAGCUGAUCCUUACAGGAAGCAGUGAUAGCAGAGUUAUUCUUUCUAAUAUGGUAUCAAUUUCUUCUGAACCAUUUGGACACAUGGUAGAUGACGAUGAACUGAGUGACCAAGAGGAACAGCAUCAAGAAGAGAAGAUUUUUGUAUACAGACCUUUCAGGAUUAAAGAGCCCCUUCAGGACAGUGUAAUAGCUACCUAUGAAGAACAUGAAGAUAGUGUAUAUGCAGUUGAAUGGUCCUCAGCAGACCCAUGGCUAUUUGCCUCUUUAAGUUAUGAUGGGAGACUUGUUAUUAACAGGGUUCCAAGAGCUCUUAAAUAUCACAUACUAUUAUAAUUUGUUUGGAUUAUGAUGGGAUUGUUGCUUUGAUGUACACAAUUGGUAGAUAUUGUUUAAUGCUUUUUUCAGGAUCUACUUUCAUUUUUAUUAAACAUAAAUACGUUUUUGUUAAGAAAAUUUGUACUUAUAUGGACACUUUUAAUUUGUCUUUUGUAUUUACCUUGGAAAGUCUGAUGCCUAUUUUAGAAAAGGCCAUACUAAUUGUUGUUGUUUUUCUUUAGUUUUUUUGUUUAUAGCCACUGAGUUUAGGAAUUACAAAACUUCUGGAGAUGCUAGGUGCUUUCCAUACUACUGAUUUAUUACUUCAGCUUUAUGCAGACAUAAUGGAUUACAGAGGAGUUAACGCUGAUAUAAAACUGGAACAAGGUGCAUGUGGCAGAAGUCAUCUAGUCAUUUACAAUAAUAAUAUUUUAUCUUUCUCCCUUAUAUAAGCAGCCUUCUGUUCUUAGUUAGGGUCACAUUCCUGCUGGCUGUUUUGGUUCACUCUUCAACUACUGUAAACGCAGUUGGGAAUGUUCUGAAAGGUUGUCAUAAUACAUUUUGUGUAUCCUAAGAGGGAAUGUUAAUCAUGAAGAUGAAACCAUCAAAAUGGAGUUUUCAUUUAAGCUUUACAAUAUUAUUGAUGUCCCACCCUGUAAUUUGCAGACUAAAUGCAUUUUUGUGCUAUGUAUUGUUAGAAACAUCUAUCUUUACCAAAAGAUCUUAUAUUCUCAUAUAAUGUAUUAUACCGUGUUUGCAGAACUUAGUUGUCCUGUAGUAUAUGUUGAGGGACUCUGGAGCUACAUCACUGUUAACAUGGAAAACCUUUUGACGUUUGUAAGUAAUCUCAUUCUUAUCCUUUUGACUCUGCCAUUCUGCAGUAUGACUUAGCAGACUUUCAAGUAAGCACAAAAUGUCCUUUGCUAUAUCAUACUUUUUGCAGUGUAUGACCUAGGCAUCAGUGACUGUCUUGCUGCUAAUGCUGAGAACAGAUGUUGCCCUGCAGGAGGAUGCACAGAAAACUUGAAAUGUAGAUGGAAGUUGUGGUAACAUAUUCCUGAACAUACUGAUACAUCCUCACCCCCUCAACUUGAUGAAAAUUCUGCUGCCUAUUCUUUGUAUACUUAGACUGAACAUAACAGCAGUUAUCCCUUGUUGUCUUUACAUCGUUGUUCUUUCCUAUCAUCUUCAGGACUUGUGUAUAUGUGGUAGUGUUGGUUGUGGUGGCAUUCUCGAAGGGUACUCCGAAGAAAUGCCAAGGCUACUGGCAUAGACCAAUGGACAGACCAAUUCCAGCCUCUUCCAGAGCUUCCUAACAGAGUUACUAUAGUAACUGCUGGAGAUAAAUGAGGGAGGGCCUGCUCGUAACCUCUGCUUGUCCUUACCCUCUGCCUGGAUUGAAAUGUGCCCAAUUGUGUGCACACAGCUGCUGCUGUGGAAACACACUCUGAGGGUAUUGCUAGCUGCUACAGACCAAAGUGUCCAAAGUUGAAUUCUGUUCAUAGCUCUUUGAAAAACUUGUUUGGAAGAAUUCAUAUGAGGGACUUAAUUUAGUUACCUCUGUAUUAUUGUUUGUGUUACUGUGAUGCCUGUCUGCUCCAGAGUGAAUGCUUCAUUGGAAAUUCUGAUGGUCUACAUUUCUGUGUUAAGGUUUUAAACUUGUGCUGUUUGAAAUUGUCUCAAUCUGUAAUAAGGCAUGAGAUAUGCGCUUGUAUGUUGUAAGAAAAAUUACUUUUCCAACUCAGUAGUGCUUCAGUUGUUUGAAUAUCAAAAUCCUCAAAGGAGCUGCAGCUUUUGUGGAGCUUUCAGUCUUCAGACACAAAACCCUGUUGCUUUUUUCUUCCACACAAAAAGCCCUGUGAUCUUUCUUCAGUGUACAGCAGAGCUCUUCAAAACCUCAUUAACAUCAGGAAUAAAGGUCUAAUGAAGUUUUAUUGUCUGUUAAUGUAUAUGGCUUGUAGUGGGAAGGUGACAGGAAAUCAUGUAGCCAUAUGUGGGAUUUGGUUUGAUUAUAACGUGUAAUAAAAUCUGGGAUAGAUUUCAGACUGA